GUAUGUAUUAUGAACUUUUCUAUUACUUACAGAGGGCUGCAACGCUUAUGGCCAUGCUUGUUACGGUGGACAUGGAAAACGUUCACUGGGCUCAUUGAAGGAUGAGAUGCGGGUGAAUAAUGCGUACAGAAACGAGAGAGAGUUAUUAAGUCCAGACGAGCUACUACAGGUCAUGCCCAACGAAGCGACAGCACUAUUGCCAGAAGGGGAAAUUGAAACGUUUCCCAGAUAUCGACUCAUCAAGAUUAUGAGGUCAUUGUUGAGCGGACACCUGAAACGACCUAACGAAAUCGACUACCCCAUUUCAGCUGAGACAUUCAGCCGGGACAACAGCAACGACUUCAACUGAGAUGCCAAACAAAUUUCAACUACCCCCCAGCGAACCAUAUAGCCUAUUUAAUUUAUCUAACCACAGACACACACAAAUGGGAACGAAAAACAAAUUGCAUUUGACUGCAAAAAAAAUUAAACUCACAAUUAACAAUGGAAAUUUAUUUUUAUUUUAUCAAGGAUGAAAAUGUAACUAAAAAAAAAUAUGUAAGAAUGUUAACAAAGAUAGCAAAUACAGGUAUAAAAAAUA